AUGUCUGUGGUCCUAACCCUGGCCCUGCCCUGGAGCUGCCACUGCCUUGGCCCUGCCCUGACUCUGGCCCUGCCCCGGCCCUGGCCCGGCCCCGGCCCCAGCCAUAGACAUGCCCUGCACAGUCCUGGUCCUAUCUGUGGCCUUGGCCUGGCAUUGACUGCUGACCCUGGUCCUGCCAUGGCCCUGUCCCUCCCCUGGCUCUGUCCUGGUCUUGUGCUGACCCUGACCCAGACCUUGGCCGUGCCCCAGCCUUGUCCUAGACCUGGCCAUGGCCCUGCCUCUGCCCUGGACCGGCGCUGGCACUGCCCUCGACCUUCCCUGACCUUGCCUCAGCCUUGGCACUACCCUAGCCUUGCCUUGGCAUUUGCCCUACUCUCUCUAUGGCCUGGCUCUGGCCCCACCUUGCACAGGCCGUGCUCUGCCCUGUGUAUCCCAGCCUGGUCCCAGCCCUGGUCUUACCAUAUUCCUGGCCCCAACCAUACCCUUGUUCUGGCCCUGACCUUGCCCUGGCCCUCUCCUGGCCCUUCCUUGGUCGUGCCCUGCCCUUCCAUGCCCUGGCCUUGCCCUUACCCUGCAUUGUCCCUGCACUGUUCCUGCCCUGCCCUGGCACUGCCUUGGCCCUGGCCGUGCCUUCUCCUUGGCCUUGCCCUUGCCCUGCCCUUGCCUGACUCCAGGCCUACCGAGUCUAUGAAAUGGCCAUGGACCUUCCUUGCCAUCCUCUGUUCUGGCCCUAUAUUGUCCCCACCAUGCUCUGGUCCAGUGCUUGCCCUGGCCCUGUUGCUAGUCUUGCCACUGCUAUGGCCCUGCCCUGUUUUUGGCCAUGUCCUGUGCUACCCUAGCCCUGCCCUGCCUUGGCCUUGGCCCUACCAUGACCUUCUCCUACCCAGGCCUGGCCCUACCCUGGUCUUUUCUACCCUGGCUUUGCUCUUCCCUGGUCUUGCCCUGCCCUGGCCUUGCCCUGCCCUGGUCUUGCCCUGCCCUGGCCUUGCCCUGCCCUGGCCUUGGCUUUGCCUUGUCCUUGUCUUGGUUCUGCCCUGGUCCUGCCCUUGCUCUGGAUCUUCUCUGGUUCUGCCUUCUUCCUGGCCCUUCCCUUGCUCUGGCCCUGGCCCUGGCCCAGCAUUGACCCUGCCCCUGGCCCUGACAAUCCACAGGCCCUGCCCUGGCCCUGCCUUGGCCCUGUGCUAUCUUAGUCAUCUCCUGGCCCUGAACUUGCCCUGGCCCUACCCUCACCCUACACUGGCCCUGCCCUACCCUGGCCUUGCUGAGCCCUGGCCCUGCCUUUGGCCUGCCCUGGCUCUGGUUCUGCCCUGGCCUUGCCCUUGCCCUGGACCCUUCCUGGCCAUGUUUUCUCCAUGGUCCUUCUCUGGCCUUGCCCUUGCCCUGUCCCCUUUCUGAUCCUGCCAUGUUUCUGGCCCUGCCCUGUCCAUGUCCUGGACCUGGCUCUGGCCCUGGACCUCCCUGUCCCUGCCCUGCCAUACCCUUGCCCGUUCCUUGCUCUACACUGACCCUGCCCUGCCUUGGCCCUGUGCUACCCUAGCCCUGCCCUUGCCUUCUGCUGGCCCUGAUCCUGCCAUGGCCCUUGCCCUGCCAUGUCCCUGCCCUGGCCCUGGUUCUGCCCUGCUUCCGGCCCUGGCCUUGGUCCUGUCGUGUCCCUGGCUGUGACCCUGCCCCUGGUUUUUCUCUGGCCAUGACUCUGCCCCAGUUCUGUCCUAUCACUGGCCCUGUCUCAGUUCUGUCCUAGUCCUGGCCUUUCACAGUACUUUAUGCUUAGUAAGGGCUCCAUAAUGUCUGUGAGUUGAAUGUUGUGUUCAUAGUAUCUACCAAAACAGAAAGAAAAAAAACAAAAUCUGACAACGAGAAGUUAAAGCUUUGUAUAUAAUAUGCCUUGAAUUGUAAUUAUUAGUUGUAUUAGUUAUUAGCUAUUAGUUAUUAGUUAUUAGCCUGUUAUUCAUUGUAUUACAUAUAGGUCAUGGGUUUGUAUGCAUAACUCCAAACCAUUGAUACUGUUAAAAGAAUAUAUGAAUAUAUGAAAGAAUGUGUAAACAUAAGAAUGUAUGAGUAUCUAAUGACCUUUCCAAAUUAACUUUUAUUUUUAGCUCUAUUAGAUUUUUCUCAGUGUAACAAAUGUUUAUGCCUAUGUAAUUAAGGGCAUAUUUCUUGUACAGAAUAUUCAUAUUACCUAAUUGAAAAUUAUAUAAUACAAAAAUAUAAUACUAUUUUUAGGCCAGGCAUGGUGGCUUGUACCUGUAAUCCCAACAUUUUGAGAGGCCAAGUUUGGAGAAUCAUUUGAGGCCAGGAGUUGAAGACAACAUACUGAGACCUUGUCUUUAUUAAAUAAAUAAAUAAAUAAAUAAAUAAAUAAAUAAAUGAAUAAAUGAAUAAGUAGGUUGGGCACUGUGGCUCAUGUCUGUAAUCCCAGCAUUUUGGGAUGACAAGGCAGGAGGAUUGCUUGAGCCCAGGAGUUUGAGACGAGCCUGGGCAGCAUAGCAAGCCUCCAUCUCUACAAAUAAUAAAAUAUUAACCAGGUGUGGUGGUGCGCACCUGGGGUCCCACCUACCUGGGAGGCUGAGGUGGGAGGUUUGCUCGAGGCUGCAGUGAACUGUGAAUGCACCACUAUAUUCCAGCCUAGGCCACAGAACAGGACCUUGUCUAUAAAUAAAGAAAUGAGUAAAAAUAUAAAUAAAAAUAAGUGAAAAAGGACAUAAAUUAAUAUAAAUAUAAAUACAUAUAAAUAUAAAAAUGAAUA